GUCGUAACAGCUACCAGACCAAACAUCUAAAAAUUUCCUAGCUUGAAGAGAGAGGAAGGCACAGCAUGAAGCAUUGAAGUUGGCAAGAUACUGUACCUCCAUACCUCUGAAUCUGAAUAUAGAUGCCAUUUCUUUAGUUCUUCCUUUGAGUUGAAGCUGAAAAUAAGUCUUUCGGCAGGAGGCAUCAAGUCUUCAAGGUUCAUGUAAGAGCUGCAGGGGCGGGGGGGGGGGGGGGGGGGGGGGGGGGGGGGGGGGGGGGGGGGGGGGCCAUACACAAGUAAAUAAGGAAACCAUCUUGUACACUAAUGUUCUAUUCAAUCUUAGAAAUCCAAUAGUAAAGGCAAUGCAGUGAAAUCGUUUCCACUUUAUGGGCUCGUUUUAAGUGUUUGAUUCCCUGAUCUAAAAAUAAAACAUCUCCACUCGAUCUAUUAGUAACAGUAGUUACCGCAAUAAAAGCAUGUCAAGCAAUUGGUAUUACAAAAUCCUAAUAAGUGUUUCCAUAUCCAACUCCUUCAACAUUGCCGUUCCUCAUCACUUCUGCACAAUAGGACUGAUAUGGAAAAGGAAAUCCCGUCUAUUCAUUAUUGUGUAAAUGUAUUUAUACAUCAGGUAGUUACAAUGAGAAGCUAAUCCUACGGAGAGUCUCCCUGAAGAUAUGCAACAGAAACAGAGUAGUGGAGUACAGGGCUAACAAUCAGUUCCUAACUUCAGGGAGAUAUAUUAUCUCUAUCAAGGACUACCUUAUGCUAUUCACGAUUAAGCAGGUUGUAGUUCGAGUGGUUAACUAUUCGGGUCAACUGUCAUGGUUUACUUUAAAGAUAAUAUGAAUUCAUAGUGUGACAUUUACCAUUAGCAUUCGGCAGAUAGUAUGAAUUUCACACAAGGAAUACCAGGUGAAAGAAAGGAUAAGCAGAGAUUACCAUAUACUACAGCUACACACACAAAAAGCUAUCUUUGCAAAACCAACGAAUAAUGCAGUAUCUAAGAUCAAGCGAAAUGACAAUCAGGCCAAAUAGAGCACCCACUAGAGAAACCCAUAGAAAAAGAAAAUACCUUUCUUGGUGGCAUUCAAAGAGGCUUGCCAGAUUGAUCGAAACCUAGACAUCCCUGCCGCAGCUGAAACUGCAAAAUUAGCCAAAAAGAACAGAAUCAAAAAAAGCCAUAAAUUAGUGAGAAUUUAACGAUGCAUCAUGCACUAUAAUGAUGAAAAGGGAAGAACCCCUAGCAAUGAAUGUCAGCUCCCAGCUUUGAGCGAUUCAGAAUCGUGGAAGGCAAACUGGAAAUGAUUUGAAAUGGUAGGCGAACAAUCCAAAAGAAGACGAGCCACCUUAUACAAAGUAGCACAAGAAGAGAAACAGUGUGACUCCGCUGCCUCUCAGGGAAGAAAGACACGUCUUCUACGGCGGUGGUUUCCUCCGCGGAAGGUGCACUGGUGGUUGUUUACUGUCCACGGCUGGCCAGGGGAAGCGGUGGAGGAGAGACAGGAGGGCGAUCGCCUGGAGGUGGAGCAGCGAGUAACCGAGUUUGAGGAAAGUUUGAAGUUCCGAGCUGUAAUGGGCUGUCGGCCUGUUGGGCCGUUAUUCGUUUAGUCUUAACUGGGCCAUGCACUCAAAUAUUUGAGCUUUUCAAGUCCAACGGUAGCAAGCCCUUCGAUUUUCUAUAGUGGGGAUUUUUUUAAUAUAUUUGGUGGAAAUGGAACUUAGGGGUCGUUUAGUUUUGAUGAUUGUUUAAUUGAGAUAGUUACAAUGCAUGUAUUGUCCAUAGUGUAUUGUUUUUUGAAUUUUAUGCACAAACAAUACAUGUAUUGUUUGCUUGAAAUGACACAAACUAUCACUCAAAAUGAGUAAUAGUUAAAUCUCAAGUUUUUGGUGAGAUUGUUGAGUCUUUUUUUUCUCCCAACUAUGUCCCUACAUUUUUUUGUGUGUUACUUUCUUAUAUAAAAAAACAAAAGGUAAAAGUGACAUUUCACUCAAAAAGUCACAUAACUUAUUUAAAUAUCACAUAAACCAAACGAUGUAAACUACAAUAAUACACCAAUUUUCUAAUAUACAUGUAUAUUAUUAUGCAUGCAUUGAUGACAAUUCAUCAAUUUAACUAUCACCAAAACCAAAUGACUAUGUGUAUUUGUACAAAGAGUUGAUAAUUAAUAUGCGACACAAAAGAGAUGAGACCAAUGACCUAGUAAUACUCAGAGCUGUCACAAUAACUAACUUCGAAGUGAUUGGUUCACAUUAUAGGGAUUUCAUAUUUAUCUUUUUUUUCUACACAUUUCCUCGUAAGAUUGUCAUAAUAUAUCACCUCGUCAUUUAAUCACAAACGAUAGUUGGAUCUCGGUACCUUGUACAGUCUUAAAAUGGGGUUCGUUGAGAUUCCAAAAGAAGAUUUCUCGAUCAUUAAAAGUUGUAAUAUCGUGUCAAGAUCCUAAUAACGUAACUCGGAGUUGUUGUGAGAAGUUCAAUUGUAGAUCCCUUUUGAGGGUGGUGAGUUUCAAACUGUCCAAGUCUCCACCUUGUUAUAACUAGGGGUGUUCUUGUGAUUGCCUUUUGCUUGGGUUGAGUAGUGGACCGGAUCCUACCCACGUCGAUGGCAAUUGAGACGAUGGAUUGGGACCGGAUCCUAGUUAAGUUGAUGAUUAAUGGGAGAAGAAAACUUGUGUUCCAAUGUUCUCUCUAAACCAUAGGUGUGUUGCAAUUUUCAAUAUCAUGCAUGUUUAUUUGGAUAAGUACAUUGAGGAAAAUGAUGCACGAUUAUCUAACAACGGGGUUGAGUACACUAAUAUAUUCUUAGUAUGAUGUGAUGAAAUUUGACACAAAAAUAAACCUGUUAUAAAAUGAUACACAAGCACAAGUUGGAAAGAUGAUAGGGGAUGGAACUUAACUUGAAUUAGGGCUUUGGCCCCCACCAACCAAGAUUUGUUGGUUUGUGCAUAAUUAACCACCCACUACUUAACUAGAUACUUGAAUUUUCAGGAGGGGGUUUACUCAAUACUCAUUAAUUCAUUGUUAUGUCUUUGUCAACAAGCUAAAGCUGCUUUCCCUACCUUUAAUUCACACCUAAUAUACAAAAUAAUAGGGCAUACAUUACCAACCACCUAAUGCUUAGUAUUUUUUGAAAUUAUUAAUUAGCUCCUAAUCUUAUUCCCUCCCUCAAAAAAUUCAGAGCAUCUUUAACAACUCAAAUCAUUAGUCUUAACUUUUUUUGUGAAAGUUCUCCCCACCCAGUCUUCUAUUCCAACUUUCUGAAAUUAGUAUCCUUCCAAGCUCCAACCCAUAGUUCCAUUAUCCCUCUUUGGACAUUUUUAUUUAGAAAUGUUAUAGGGAUAGAUGGUCAAAAUGGCAUGGCAUGGCUCAUUUUGAUACUGAAUAUCUAGAAUAGUGGUGCGAAGCUAUGUUAUGGCGAGAAGGGGGUGACGAACUCUACUCAUAGUUAAAAAUUCUAAAAGUACAUCAUAAUCAUUUUGAUAAUAAAAAAAAUGUCAUAAAAUUGACAAGUAAAGCAAUUGCUAAAAU